CUUAUUUUGGACUAGCUAUUUAACUUUUCUAUAUUUUAUUUGUCUAAAGAUAAAUAUAUAUUUUAUCAUUUUAUUAUAUUUUAAAGAAAUAAAAAGAAGAAACAAAUGACCCAAAAAGGAAAAAGACAUGAUAAACUAAAAGACAAAAACAACUAAGAAAAGAAAAGUACUAACUAAGACUACUCUAAUCAGCAACCUAAUUUUCCCCUACCAAACCCAACGUUAACCCCUCAUUAUCCCUUACAAUCCUUCACCCUUAAAACUCUCACCAAACUAACCUCAAACCUCCCAAACUCCUAAAAAAUUUCACCCCAAACAUUAUCCCUUAGUAAAUCCCGCACCUCAGGUCCUCAUCCUAUCUUCCCCCAUCCUAAUCCCUUUAAACCUCCUCACUUAAAACCCUCAACCAAAUAUUAUCUCUAAAAGUCCUAUUCCCCCCCCCCCCCCCACCCCCACCCCCCUGUUUCCCACUCCAACUCAAACUCUUCCACACACGUUAUCCUAUAUAACACACUACACAAUAUACACAGGGACAAGAACAGAGAACGAGUAAUGCAAAAAUAUAAAAAGAGAGUAGUUUUCUUACCAAAAAAGAUCUUUGAGAGUUUGCGAUUCUGAGUUCUGGUUCCCGAUCGAGUUCCAACGGUGGAGUUCUUAUUACUGUUUCUUGUUGAUUUUGGCAUCAAAACUUAUUUCGUUGCAGUUUCAUCGUAUCAACAGGUACAAUAUGUCGCUACCAACUAGAGGAGUGUGUGACAAAAGGCCCAGGGUUGAAGGGUACCAAAGUUCAUGAUUGUCGAUGAAAUACCAUUGAAACUAUGGCAAUGGUGGAGAAACAUGGAGGGAUAUGAGCAAAGGCAAGUAAAAGUUCAUUUGGGGCAUCUGGUGCAUAUGAUGGAAAUCAAACCUAGGAGAGAUGUGUUUGAGGCAUUGGUUCAGGUAUGGGACCAUAAGAAUAAUGUGUUUCGAUUCUCGGACUGUGAAAUGACACCGACCCUAAAAGAAAUUGCAGGCUUCAUAGGGAUGGGCUCUAAGCUCCAGGGUUCUGAUCUUCGUAAUAAAAGACCCAUAGUUCUGAAACCUGUGGAAGGAACUAAGUUUUUGAAUUAUUUAAAAAUCAAUAAAAUGAAGGAAGCAAGUUUAGAAAGCGGUUGGGUUUCUUUGGAGUUUUUAUACGAAAGUUACGGGCAAGAAGAAGAAUUUGAGAAGUAUUUGGGUCAACUUAACAACAAAAGGGAAAUCGAGACAUGGAAAUUACAUAGACGCUUUGCUUUCAUGGUUGCGUUCCUAGGCUGUAUUGUUUUCCUUGAGCGAGAUAAACAAAUUGAUAUUCAUUUGGCUGGAGUAGUACAGGCAUUGACUACGAUGAAUAACCCCACUCUCAUACCCAUGAUUCUUGGGGACAUCUUCCGAGCACUAACCAAAUGUAAAGAAGGUGCUAUAUAUUUUGAGGGAUGCAACAUUCUUUCACAAAUUUGGUUUCUUGAACACUUCUAUCGUCAUCAUUUUGCACUAAAAUUCAAUGAUGAUUGGGUGAACUACAUGGCCGAGCAUGAAGAAAGGGUCGAGAAGUGUGAUCUACCAAUCGGUAUCAAAGCCUGGGAGGAAAGACUCUCUAAGUUGACUGCUGAUAAGAUUAUUUGGAACUACCACUAGUUCCCUGCACUUGAAGUCAUUUGUAUGUCCUCGCACCAUCCUUUUCUAGUACUAAUUGGGCUCAGGGGUGUCCAACCUUAUGCCCGACUUCGGGUUAUGCGACAGCUAGGUAGACUUCAAGAAAUUCCUCGAGAGGAAAACAUGAGCAUAUUUAUGUAUGACACUUCUCCAUGCUUUCCUUUUGAUAGUUAUGGAAUACUGAAGAUUUGGUAUGGAGGCAUAAUCUCCGAAUUGAGAGAAAUGGUAGAGGAUCGCGACAGGGGGCGAGUAGUUCCUGGGUACCUUUCAUGGUUGCGCAAGCCAUCCCUAUCUGAAAAAGGGCCCGAGGGGUCUAGAAAAAGAAAGUUGGACAGAGAAUCAGAGGUCAGAGCAAGAGUUUAGCAGGCCCGUCUGGAGGUUGAACAUGAGUUUUGAGCUAGAUUAAAUGAGCAACAGGCUGUAUACGAGGCGAGGAUCAUGCAAACCCAUUUAGAUGUGGAGAAAAAUUAUCAGUCCACUCUACACGCUCUCGAUAACGAGCUAACAAAUUCCAGAGAGUAUUUAGCCCAGAUGGAGGCAGAAGUGCAUGCUAGAGUUACGACAGCCCGCAAAACAGCUGUGAGGAAACAUCGCUCUAUCAUUCAGACCUUGUAUGAGGACUUAAGCAUUGUCACGCAAGCUGUGGAUCAGUUACAGAGGAAGCUUGAUGAGAAGUGAGACCUUUUUUAUGCAGAGAAAGCGCAUUUUGAAGAUGAGAAAGCUCAAUUCUUGACCCUGCAGGUUCGACAACAAGCUGAAUUUGACAAAGAAAGAGUUCAGUUUGGUGUAGAAAGGAACCAAUUAAUGAAUGAUCGAGCAAGAAUUCGAAACCAGCUUUAAUUAGCAUUGAAUCGUGAGGCAGGUAUAAGAGAGAUAGCCACUACUCGCCAGCAGCAAGUCCGAGACUUAGAGCAGAACUAUCAGGAUGUUAGAGAACCUGUUUACCAUUUAGCUGUUCAUGUUGCUCAAAGUUGUCUGGACUGUCAGGGGAUGGGUUAUGAGCAAUUUGCUAGUGAGGUGCCUACCCUCGCACGCCACUUCACAGCAGACCUGAAGCAGAUAUACCGCAUGUUAGGGGGUCAGCCUGGGCUAGAAGCACCUUGAGCAGAUAUGCAUUGGUUCACAUAGCAGAUCACAAAUUUUUGAAGAUUGAAGUUUAGUUAUAAUUAUUAGGAUUUCUAGUUCAGUAGUUGUAUUUUGAGAUUGACUCUUUUCGAGUCUUUAUUUUUAGUUUGUUGUUGAUAUUCUAGUCCCGAUUUAGUCUUUUCGAGUCUAUGGUGCCUUUCUUUUUGGUUAUUUUCCUUUACGUAUUUGUAUGGAAAAAUACUAAUUUGAAAGUCAAUAAAAAUAUUUUUGGUUGAUUCAAAAAUCCAAAUUUGUUUUUUUGUCAUGAACUACGUAAUGAUCUGAUUCAUGUUUAACAUGAUACGUAGGCAUCCCUUAAUGGGUUCGAUCAAAAUACUUCAAAAUCACCGAAAGAGAAAAAAAAAUGAAUUCACCUAAAAGCCGGGAUGAAACAUGAAAGCCUUCCGAUGCUCAUAUUAGAUGGGAAAUAAUUUAGUGCAUGGCAUGCAACGUGUGAUUAAUAUCUGCAAAAUGCUAAACCCUAACUUGUUUGUUCUUGUCUUAAAGAUAAGGUGGUUGGUUUGUGGUUGAACUGGCUCCUCACGAAUAUAACACAAGGUCCCAAAGAAAGGGGAUAAUGGCCCAUAAGGAUGGAAACGAGUCAGACGGUGAUGAAUCUCGAAGUCAGAUGGUUCAACAUGAAUCAGCAUCAGCAGAGGAAGUAAGGAUGUUGAGACAACAAAUGGCUGACAUGUACCAGGCUUGGAUGAAUGGGCAAGCUCCACCAUCUUCAAUCCCUGGAUUCCCGGAUGUGACUAUGUCAAUUCCCAUUGAAACCCCGACAAGUGAUCCACUCUUUCCUCCUGGAUUUGGUCCACAUGUUAACAUAUCCAACAUUUUUGGAACUUCCACUGUGCGCCCUCCAAAUGCACCCCUCAGAAAUAACCCACUUUUCAUCCCCACUGUACAAACUACUACAAUCCCUCAACCAACGUUGGUACAGAAGUCCAAUAAUGAGCCUCCAUCUGAAGGUCACCACGAUCAAUAUUAUUCUCCGGAAUUGACUUUUAAAGUCCCAGACACAUAUAACCCCUUUCAGCAGUAUAGUUCCCCCGCCGAGAUCGAGAAAACUGCUAAGAAUGAGGAACAAGAAGAAAUGGCUAGAAAAAUGAAGAGUCUAGAGCAGAGUGUGAGGAAUAUGCAAGGAUUAAGAGGUCCAAAAAGCAUCUCAUUCAGAGAUUUAUGCAUGUUCCCCAAUGUUUAUUUUCCCUUUGGUUUUAAGACUCCGAAGUUUGAGAAGUACGAUGGUCACGGUGACCCCGUAGCACACUUGAAGAAGUAUUGCAAUCAACUAAGGGGGGCAGGGAGUAAGGAAGAAUUGCUCAUGGCAUAUUUUGGAGAAAGUCUACCGGGGAUUUCCUCAGAAUGGUUUAUCGACCAAGAUAUUUCUAAUUGGCCUACAUGGGAUGACAUGGCAGGAGAUCUUGUUCGACAAUUUCAGUAUAACAUUGAUAUUUUGCCUGAUCACACUUCUCUCGCCAGUAUGAAGAAAAAGCCUACCGAGAGAUUUAGAGAAUAUGCUAUCAAGAGGACAGAAUAAGCUGCCAGGGUCAAACCGCCGAUGAAGGAGUCGGAAAUGAUUGAUGUUUUCCUCCAGGCACAAGAACCUGAUUACUUCCACUACUUUCUUUCCACAGUGGGAAAGACAUACGCAGAAGCAAUUAAAGUUGGGGAAAUGGCUGAAAAUGGCAUCAAGUCCGGCAAAAUUGUGAGUCAAGUAGCACUCAAGGCUACCGCCCAAGCAAUUCAAAAUGGGUCUAGUGGUUUUGGAAAUCGAAAAAAGAAAGAGGAAGGAUCUAUGAUGGCAUCAAGGUCCAGUGCUACUCAAAGGGGGGACAAACCACCAAGUCCAACAGGGACAAUCCAACUCACCUCAAAAUUUUUAUCCGCAUCAGGAUCCCCACUACUCAAUUGCUCCACCCUAAUAUACGGUUUUCAACACCCAGGCAUAUGCCCAACCUCCUCAAAGCCAACAAUGGAGGGCGCCUGCUCCACAAGGCUUUCGUCCCCAACAACAAAAUUUUCAAGAACCUUAUAAUCCACGUCCUAAUGGAGGGCGCCUGCACCUUAGAGAAUCAUACACAAGCCUGAUGCGGAAAUUAAUACAAUUGGGUUUAAUUGAACCUAUCAUGCCGUAUAAUGUGAACCCAAAUUCAAGAGGUUUUGACCCCACUGUCAGGUGCGAGUAUCAUUCUAACACUCAAGGUCAUAGCACAGAAAAUUGUUUUACUUUUAAGAGAGCCAUUGAGAAGCUAAUUAAUGACAAAGCAAUUGUGAUACAUGACGAAGAGGCUCCGAAUGUCACCAACAACCCACUUCCUGCUCACAACAAUGCUCAUGUUGUUGGGAUGAUCUGUGAUGAUAAGGAAUACAAGAAAACAGGAAAAACAGUAAUGGAAAUUGACACCUUAAAAGAGGGGUUGGGUAUGGUGACAAAGUUCGCACAAGAAGCACUGUUGAUUGUAAAAGAUGCAAGUUCUAAUGCAAAUCUCAAGGGCUCGGGGAAGUUGAUAUUGUAUGUCCCUGGAGCCACAAAUAAAAAAGAGAUAUCAGUGACUGGACCAAAAUUAUAUGUUCCUAGUGGUUUUCCCAGGUUUCGUCAAAAUCAGAAUGGUUUAGGAAAGAUGACAGAACCAAUUGUGAUAAAUCACACGACACAACUUCCAGUGACGACAUGAAAACUGUCCCAUGGAACUACAACAAAACCACUGUGACUUACAAGGGCAAAGAGAUUAUUGAAGAAAUAGAUGAAACCAGUGGCUUAACGCAUUCUGGAAGGUGUUAUGCUCCAGAAUAAUUAAGGAGAGCCAAACAUGCCAGGGAUAGCCAAUUUCCAGUGAAAAAACCUAUUACCGAAGAAGAGGCUGAAGAGUUCAUGAAGAAGAUGAAAGUUCAAGAUUACUCUAUUGUUGAUCAUUUGAGAAAAAACUCCUGCUCAGAUUUCAUUACUAUCUUUGCUCAUGCAUUCUAAAGAGCACCGUCAAGCAUUGAUUAGAAUUCUGAAUGAGGCACAUGUUUCGGACAAAACAACCGUAAGUCGCUUAGAAAAGAUGGCCAAUAGAAUAUUUGAGGUGAAUAGAAUCACUUUCACCGACGAUGAGUUGCUUAUGGAAGGAGCCGGACAUAACAAGGCUUUGCAUUUAACUGUCAAAUGUGAAGAAAAUUAUGUGAAAUGAGUCAUGAUUGAUGGAGGAUCGGGUGUGGACAUCUGCCCCCUCUCUACUUUGCAGAGUUCGAAAAUCAGCAUAGAUAGAAUUCGUACUAACAAUGUGUGUGUUCGAGCUUUCGAUGGCGCAAAAAGAGACGUCAUUGGUGAGAUUGAUCUUACUUUAAAAAUUGGACCUGUUGAUUUCGGGAUCACAUUCCAAGUUAUAGACAUGGACACUUCCUACAACUUGAUUUUAGGAAGGCCAUGGAUCCAUGCAGCCAGAGCGGUGUCAUCUACUUUACACCAAGUUGUCAAGUUUGAAUAUGAGAAACAAGAAAUUAUUUUUCACGGUGAAGAUGAUCUUUCAAUAUAUAGAGACCCUUCCGUCCCAUGCGUCGAGGCCAAGGAAGGUUGUGAAUCCCUCGUAUUUCAGACCUUUGAGAUAGUGGCAGUUGAUCAGUUUAUGGAAGGGAAGCCUAUCCCAGAGCCUCAUCUAUCCUCUACUUCGGUCAUGGUGGCUACACAAAUGCUGCAAAAUGGUUAUAAGCCAGGAAAGGGCUUGGGGGUGUCGUUGCAAGGAAUUGUUUACCCUAUCUCUCCAUUUGGUAAUCAAGAUACUUUUGGUUUGGGCUUUAGGCCAACUAAAGAUGAUAGGAAAUGGGAAAAAGAGUAGAAAAAUAAGGUUUGGAAAUUGCCAAGUCUUUUACUAGGUCACGUCUUGAAGAGAACAAGGACAUGUCUGUCCAAGAUGACAUGGACGAAAUAUGUCAAGGUCUCAAAGAAAUGUUCUAUGGGGUAAACAUGGUUCAGAUUGGUGAAGGCCCUAGUCAUGCAGAUGUGCAACGUAUUGGCCAAGAAUUCAAGCUCACCAACUGGGAAGCUACUCCUCUCCCAGCAAGGAAGGUGUCUUGGUAGUUUAUUUUGAUGUUUUUCCUAUAUUUGUAUUAUUCCCUGGGUGGUAAUCCAGAUAGUUUAGUUGCUAUGCUCUAAUGUUAACCCUUCUAUCCUUUCCAAUUCAAUAAAAUAAAGUUUCAGUUUUUUGGUCAAUUUUAUCUUCUCCUUUUCCCUAAUUUUGUUAUUUAAUUUUCAUUUCAGUUUCAUUAAUGUCGGCUUUAAUAACAUGACAUGCAUGCGGAAUUCACUCCCAGAUCUUAAUGUUACACCCCGGAAAAUUUCGCGCUACCAAGGUCGUAGACGGCUUAGUAUGGGUCUGAGGAAGAGCAAAGUUAUGUGAGGAUUAAGGAGAAAGGUUAUAUUACAAUAGUGUAAUAAUGGCAUAUAUAUGACAUGUGGAGAGCAUAUGGGGUGAAUCGGUUCAUAUGUCACUUGCCGAAAAGCCCUCGUUGUUGUAAGCAAAGUGGGGCACACAUGCUGGAGUUUCAUGAAGGACAUGUGAAGAGACAUAUGAGUAGUAUAUGGAAAUUUGAGCAAGUCCUAAGAAGGACCCAUAAGCCAAACCCUCCAAAAGGACGAUUUAAGGAAACAGUUUCGGAUGAUCAGACUUGGAGGGGCCAAAACCAUAUUAUAAGUUUGGAAUUUGGAAAAAAACCAAGAAUGAAAGUUGUAGAUAAUUGAAUUAGCUUUACAACCAUAGGUCGUGGGCCCUCACCCGACAUCGGGAUCAAAAGUUAUGACCCUUUUACUGAACGAACAUGCAGGCAGUGGAAUAAGUCAGCGCGAACGCGCCAAGAAGCUGCGCGAACGCGCUGACCAUUUUCUAGGUCGGUGCAACCCAAGCCUAGAAGCUUGUAAGAAGGGCUUUACCCCCUUAAACAGCACCCUCUAAGCUUCCCCAAACCUCUGGAAACUUCCACCAACUUCCACUCAUCAAUUUUCACGCAAAUCAAAGUAUAAUUCCCAAAUUCUGGUCCAGGCGACGUAUAGUUACAACUACAAAAUUGUAUAGUGAUGCGUUAUGGAUUAAGCUCAAGGUGGAGAAGUGAAGAUACGGCAAUAUUAUCGAGAUAAAGGUACGAAUCACUUCCUAUUUAUGUUAGUACCGGCUUAGUUAUGGAGAAAACGUGGUUAAAUAAUUAUAUAACGGGUUGGUUAGUUGUGGAAGUUGGAAAACAGCGUGUGGGCUGUUCUAUGGAAUACUUUGGAGUUGGAAAUGAUGUUAUUGGUGUUGAUAUUUUUAUUGUUGUUGUUGGUUUAUGAAUUGAGAAUUGAGCUAGGCAUAUAAACAGGGGAGAUGCUGCCCGAAUUUCGGCAGAUUUUAAGGAGAUUAAAUUUGAAGUCUUAGGAUAAGUAUACAGCAAUAGGCCUAACCAUAUUAUGAAUGGUCUUAUAUGUAGAUUGUGAGACCGGAUAGGUGGGAAAGCCGAGACGUGAGUUCUCAGGUAUGUUAAGGCUCGUCCCUUUCUUUCAAAGGCAUGAUUCCUAUGUUAUGAUUCCAUAAAUGUUUCCAUAACCGCCUUGUUUUCAAAAGCUCGAAGUUCAUGACUCUUAAAGCCUUUUAUGAUGUUAAAUGGAAUAUGUUCUACGAUGAUUGUGACGAUGAUGAUUCUCUUCUUUUGAAACUCCGAAGCUAUGAUUUAAGGGCAUUAUGAGACUAUUGAGCCAUUCCAUGAAUCCCUUAACCGUACAUAUUGUUGAUGGUCUCACCUCAUGUUACUCGUUCCUAAGAGGUGAGAUAUAGCAAUGAUAACGAUUCUAUUUCUAGUGCUACCUAAGUUCAUGAUUCUCGAGACUCUCGUGACAUCGUCGAUUUCAUCUUGCGGUGGUUGAUCCUUCAAGGAUUGAUAUGAUGAUAAUGUAAUGCUAAUGAUGACGUUGAUUUUAUUUAUGUAUUUUUAUGUGUAUAUAUGUAUGUAUGUAUGCAUUGCAUCCCACUGAUCAGUUGGGUAUAACAUCGAGUCCCGCAAGGGCCGAGUACGGAUAACAUCGAGUCCCGCAAGGGCCGAGUACGGAUAACAUCGAGUCCCGAAAGGGCUGGGUACAGAUAACACCGAGUCCCGAAAGGGCCGGGUACGGAUAUGACAGAUGUAUGUAUAGUAAGUGUAUGUGAAUGCAUAUGUAUGUAUGUUGUGUAUGGAUGUGUAUGAAAUGUUUUUCCUGUAGACGAGUAGUUUACAUGACAUAGAUCUUAAGAAGAGUACGAGGUAUAAUUACUUACUUAUCUUAUGUUAUCUUCAUUCCGAUAUCAUACUAUUAUUCAUGCCUUACAUACUCAGUACAUUGUUCGUACUGAUGUCCUUUCUUGUGGAUGCGCGUUCA